UUAACCUGAACAGAAACGGGGGGUAAGAGGGAACUCCUGAAGUUCCGCGGCAAAGUCAACGGCAAAAAGCAAACUAAAAAGUACUGCCAACAAGAUGCUCCAGAUGGCGUCAUUGUCUCCACUAAUAAGUUGACCAUGCAAUUCAGACGAAAGGAAUUUAAGUCAGAUGAGUUCUCUGGCGGAUUCUUGUGUGAGAUCUUCACUGUAGGAGAUGCUCCAACAACAGUUGCUCCGACUACAGCCCCUCCUCCAUCACCAAGUACAGCUCCUCCAUCACCAACUACAGCCCCACCUCCAUCACCAAGUACAGCUCCUCCAUCACCAACUACAGCUCCUCCUCCAUCACCAAGUACAGCUCCUCCAUCACCAACUACAGCUCCUCCUCCAUCACCAACUACAGCUCCUCCAUCACCAACUACAGCUCCUCCUCCAUCACCAACUACAGCACCUCCAUCACCAACCACAGCUCCUCCAUCCCCAACCACAGCUCCUCCAUCCCCAACCACAGCUCCUCCAGGAACGACCACUUGCGGUAUCACCAGAGCAUACUGUGAUGGUUGCGGGGUAGCACCAAUUUCCGUUGGGAGCACGAGGAUCGUCAACGGAACGGUGGCGUCAGCGGGCGAGUACCCUUACCAGGUGGCGGUGAUACCCACCAUCGCCGGCAGACAGUAUCAGUGUGGGGGUUCAAUCAUUAAGGAGAGGUGGAUUCUUACUGCUGCCCAUUGCUUUUACGACCAAAGCAACAACAAGGCGACAAGUGUCGACAUUACUUACGAUAUUGAGUUAAUAAACCCCAAGAUCAUUUCAUGGCCGUAUGGUACAGAGAGUAAUGCUAUACCACUGCUUCACCAUAAAAAAGCUGGACUUGUAGAUGUCCACAGCUUGUGUCUGAAACCAUGCAGUGUCAGUGUCUCAUCAUUUAUGAAACAAACUAUCUCCCGCAAAGCAUUGUGGUACGCUUUGUUUUUAAGCCAGUUUUUGGUGGAAGGCAUGAGUGAGUUGUAUAUAAACUUUCCAGUAUUAUGGAGUAAUAGAAUAUUGAAACAGACUUUGAAGGAGUUUGUUGUGAACUCAUGCCAUGAGGACUUGCCUGUCUACUAG